AUGCCUACCUCGUCAACGAUUACCUCCUCGUCCAAGUCCAAAAUCAAGUCGGCCCUCCCCUCGUCAACCUACAAGAUCCUGACAGCCACCGUCGCAAGAGUCUAUGUUGCUCAUCCGGACCCCAGUUCAUGGAGCUACACGGGCAUUGAGGGUGGGCUGGCCUUUGUGAAGCUGCUGAGUACGGGAGGCACUGGGUUCCGAUGUGUCGAUCUCAAGGGCACUCGCGGCGUCAUCUGGGACCAUGAUCUCUACGACGGGCUAGUCUACAAUCAAGAUCGCAGCUUCUUCCACACCUUCGAGGGGGACGACUAUCUCAUCGGCUUCUCCUUCGCAGACGAGGGCGAGGCAAAUGACUUUGUCAAGAAGGUCAAUGCUCGAGCCAAGUACUCCAAGCCAUCAUCUUCAAAGUCCACAGCAGCGGCUGCUGCCUCGUCUUCCGGCAAGAAGAAGAAGAAAGGCGGACCCAUCGAUAAAUCGAUGAUCUCAUCCCCGUCGUCCUUCCAACAUGUGGCUCACAUGGGCUACACGAACGAGUCUGGCUUCUCAUCCCGCAACGUCGACCCAAGCUGGGCGGCUCUGCUCGAAAAGUUGGGCAGUAUGGGCGUAAGCGAGAAGGACAUAGCGAAGAACGAGGGCUUUAUUCGGGACUUUGUUGGAGCGAGAGGUGGGCCUGGUAAGACAGGCGCUACUGCUGGCGGCAAGACAAAGAAGACUCCCCCACCUGCGCCUGUACGGGGUGCAAGGAAGCAGCCACCUCCUCCGCCUGCGCCGAGGGUCAGGCCGGCCAGUACUGCGUCAGCGCCUCCUGCUCCGCCUGCUCCUGCUCCUCCGCCGGCGCCACCUGCGCGAGGAGGAGCCUCCGUCCCACCACCACCUCCUCCCCCGCCCGCGAGGCCAACAUCAACCUCUGCAGCGUCCGCCCCACCACCGCCACCUCCAGCACGAGGCGGAGGCUCCGCAGCCCCGCCUCCGCCACCACCACCUCCAAGUCGUCCUGCAGCAGGAGGAGCAGCUGCACCGCCGCCACCACCACCUCCCCCUGCGCGUGGAGGAGGUGCCGCUCCUCCUCCUCCGCCUCCUCCUCCACCAGGCGGAGCGCCGCCGGCAGCAAUGCCUGCCCCGCAAGAGGGACGUGGCGCGCUGCUCGCCUCAAUUCAAGGUGCUGGGAUCCAUCAGCUGCGAAAGACGGAAGAUGGGGGCGCCUCUUCCACUCCCUCACGCUCCACUUCUGCAGCUUACGGCGCAGCUGGCGGAGCUGCUGCUGGAGGAGCGAUGGCUGCCGCGACAGGUGGUGAUGAUUCGAUGGAUACGAGUGAGGGAGGAGCUGGAGGUGGAGACUUGGCUAGCGCUCUCGCGGCUGCGCUUACGCAGCGUAAGGGCAAUAUGGGCGGGGAUGAUAGUGAUGAAGAGGAGAGUGAGGAGGAGUGGUAG